AGCUGAAACUGUCAAAACUUGGAGAAGGGGAACCUCGGAGGCAGGCAGGAGAGGAGGAGAAUCCCGAAACUCGGUGGAGGUUGGGAAGAUGCUGUGCCUCGAGGAUUAGUUUAAACAGGGGCUAUAAAAGAUGUAACAGAUGCAAACUGUAACACAAGGGCCAUUAACCCUUUCUCUGCCGAGCACACUCCGUCCCCACGCCCCGCACCUAUUGUCUCCUGUGCUCGAAGCUUUGCAGAAAACCUGGAAAUUUUGGCCAGAAAUGGUGAGAAGAAAAAGCAUGAAGAAGCCGCGAAGUGUGGGGGAGAAAAAGGUGGAAGCGAAGAAACAGCUCCCGGAGCAAACUGUACAAAACCUCGCCAAGAGUGUCGGGAGGCAGGACCGUUAUUCCUGCGGAGCAGGAGAGAGAGGAGAGACCCUGAAACACGCGCCACCUAUCUUUGUGGGGAGGGAUAAUUGAAGCGCCCUGAGCGUGAGCAUCAUGUGAAAACGUGAUCGCCAAGUUUCUCUCUGGGAAAGGAUCUGGGAUAGAUUAUACCUUG